AUGGAUAAGUCAUAACCUAUCAAAAGAUCAUCAAAACAAAGAGAAAUUGAUAAUUAAGAGAAACCUUAAGUAAGGGAAUCAUUUUGAUAUAGUCUAAAAUAAUGUAGGAUACACAAUAGAGCAGUUAAUAAUAUAUAAUAACAGAUGCCACUUUCGAAUUAAUAAUAAGAGAAAGAGAUGCGUUAAUAGAAAGAUUGGAAUAAGAUUAAAGAUAAUUAAAAUCUCAACUGGACCAAAAGAAAAUAGAAUUAUAUGAACUCUCAUAAAGAUUUGCAUCCUAAAGAGGGAACCAUCUUAUCAAACUCUAAUAGUCUGGUGUAUAACUAAAGUAAAUUCAGCCGGAUGCAGAUGCCUAUAAAUGA